ACUCCUACAUUCCAUCCAUCCAUCCAUAGAGAAAGAACUGUCUUAUCUGUGCGUAUACCAUGCGCAUCACUAGUUACCGCGCUUGUCUGCUACCAGUUCAGCCGCACGCGUCGUGAAUCGACCAUGACGAGUAAUCCGCACAGGCAAGCGCUCUUCGUGAAAGCGGAUGGCGGGCCCAUGUACUUUUAUAUGGUGCCCUGCUCGGAGCGAAGGGAGAUAGGCCAGCUUAUAGAAAAUGGAGGCGGCGUUCUUUUGCGGCAGGAUAAGAAUCCUGACGUCGUCCGGUUGGUGCCCUCUUCCAUUACAACGACGGAAGGUCCUGAUGACGCUUUCGCUGCACAUUACAUACGUGAUUGCGUUCACAGCAACAAGCUCCUUCCUCUGAAAAACUUCAUAUUGCCGAGAGUGCCAGCUGCGGAGACUGACGGAGAUCGCAAGGUGCGUAAACUGCAUUCCGUUCGCUCAAGACGCGAGUACACGCUUGAGGAAGAAGUUGCAAUGGCGAAGUACAUAGGGAACAAGCCCAAUGUCCGUGUCAGGGGCAACGCGAUAUACAAGGAAAUGGCUGCGGCCUGUGCGGUGCCUGGCGAUCACCCGUGGCAGUCACUGAGGCAGCAUUACCUGAAGAAAAUCCUCCCCAUGAAACACCUGUACGAGUCACUUGACGGGAGUGAAUUCCUUAAGAGAUACGCCCACGAGUCACUUGACGCCAGAGAACUCGUUAAGAGAUACGCCCACAAGGCACAAGAAGCGCAUGACGCCCCGCCGAGCGCCACUUCAGAUCGUGGGAAAGUUCUCGUUGAAGACAACAGCAGCGAUGACGAACUAUUUCCCAAGCCGCGGGGAGCUACUGACGGUGGAGUCGAAAAGAAACCCGUUCGCCUAAGACGCGAGUACACGCUUCGCGAACAAAUUGCAAUGGCGAAGUACAUAGCAAACAAGCCCAAUGUCCGUGUCAGGGGCAACGCGAUAUACAAGGAAAUGGCUGCGGCCUGUGUGGUGCCUGGCGAUCACCCGUGGCAGUCACUGAGGCAGCAUUACCUGAAGAAAAUCCUCCCCAUGAAACACCUGUACGAGUCACUUGACGGGAGUGAAUUCCUUAGGAGAUACGCCCACGAGUCACUUGACGCCAGAGAACUCGUUAAGAGAUACGCCCACAAGGCACAAGAAGCGCAUGACGCCCCGCCGAGCGCCACUUCAGAUCGUGGGAAAGUUCUCGUUGAAGACAACAGCAGCGAUGACGAACUAUUUCCCAAGCCGCGGGGAGCUACUGACGGUGGAGUCGAAAAGAAACCCGUUCGCCUAAGACGCGAGUACACGCUUCGCGAACAAAUUGCAAUGGCGAAGUACAUAGCAAACAAGCCCAAUGUCCGUGUCAGGGGCAACGCGAUAUACAAGGAAAUGGCUGCGGCCUGUGUGGUGCCUGGCGAUCACCCGUGGCAGUCACUGAGGCAGCAUUACCUGAAGAAAAUCCUCCCCAUGAAACACCUGUACGAGUCACUUGACGGGAGUGAAUUCCUUAGGAGAUACGCCCACGAGUCACUUGACGCCAGAGAACUCGUUAAGAGAUACGCCCACAAGGCACAAGAAGCGCAUGACGCCCCGCCGAGCGCCACUUCAGAUCGUGGGAAAGUUCUCGUUGAAGACAACAGCAGCGAUGACGAACUAUUUCCCAAGCCGCGGGGAGCUACUGACGGUGGAGUCGAAAAGAAACCCGUUCGCCUAAGACGCGAGUACACGCUUCGCGAACAAAUUGCAAUGGCGAAGUACAUAGCAAACAAGCCCAAUGUCCGUGUCAGGGGCAACGCGAUAUACAAGGAAAUGGCUGCGGCCUGUGUGGUGCCUGGCGAUCACCCGUGGCAGUCACUGAGGCAGCAUUACCUGAAGAAAAUCCUCCCCAUGAAACACCUGUACGAGUCACUUGACGGGAGUGAAUUCCUUAAGAGAUACGCCCACGAGUCACUUGACGACAGAGAACUCGUUAAGAGAUACGCCCACAAGGCACAAGAAGCGCAUGACGCCCCGCCGAGCGCCACUUCAGAUCGUGGGAAAGUUCUCGUUGAAGACAACAGCAGCGAUGACGAACUAUUUCCCAAGCCGCGGGGAGCUACUGACGGUGGAGUCGAAAAGAAACCCGUUCGCCUAAGACGCGAGUACACGCUUCGCGAACAAAUUGCAAUGGCGAAGUACAUAGCAAACAAGCCCAAUGUCCGUGUCAGGGGCAACGCGAUAUACAAGGAAAUGGCUGCGGCCUGUGCGGUGCCUGGCGAUCACCCGUGGCAGUCACUGAAGCAGCAUUACCUGAAGAAAAUCCUCCCGUUGAAACACCUGUACGAGUCACUUGACGGGAGUGAAUUCUCUAAGAGAUACGCCCACGAGUCACUUGACGCGGGUGAACUCGUUAAGAGACUCGACGAUUACGACGCCUACGAGGCACAAGAAGCGCGUGACGGCUCGCCGAGCGCCGCUUCAGAGCGUGGGAUAGUUCUCGUUGAAGAUAGCAGCAUCUAUGACGAACUAUUUCCCAAGCCGCGGAAAGCUGCUGACGUUGAAGUGGGAUACCAAAAUUUGGAUACCAAAAUUGAAGUUAUUGAGGAAACAGUCGACGUCAGCAAUGAGCGACUCUUCACUUAUACAUGGCUUAUCUGGAGUCAACUCUGAAGAACAUGACCUAUGCUUAACUCGCAAUGGGAGCGCUCCGGGCUCCUCACCGCUCUUGGGGAAGGGAAGAGCCGGCCGCCACACACCACGUGCCCCCGGGCAUUGCGCCACCAGGACAGGGUGCCAAAGAAGGCGACAGCAGUGCUUCGCAGCGAACUAUUGCUAAGGCCUUAAUCUAUUGCCGCUCCAGCAGAAAGACGUGGUGCAAUGUGCUGAAAUUUGUGCUGGUACUGGAGGAAAGAAGUGACUUAGGCUUAUGGUCGGCAUCCUUCUUUCUUCUUUCUUGUAUUGACUUAAUUUAAGUUAUUAUUUUAACCUUUUUGUUACCCCAAGACAAGUUUCUUGAACAAUUUGACGAGCCAUUAUUCUUGGCCAAGAAUUUUAGAAUAACGCUCUGUCUUCCAAAAAGAAAGAAAAUGAGGUCAUAUUUUGUGAGCUGUAUACAUGCCGUGCAUCAUAUAAUUGACCAGGUGCUUUUAUUCUUAUAUGCCACAAUCAUCAUUUGAGGAAAGAAGUGACUUAGCCUUAUGAUCGGCAUCCUUCUUUCUUCUUUCUUGUAUUGAAGUUGUCCUAAUUUAACUUAUUAUUUGAACCUUUUAUUACCCCAAGAACAUCUUUCUUGCAGAGCAAUUUGACGAGCCAUUAUUCUUGCCCAAGAAUAUUAGAAUAACGCUCUGUCUUCAAAAAAGAAAGAAAACGAGGUCAUAUUUUGUGAGCUGUAUACAUGCCGUGCAUCAUAUACUUGACCAGAUGCUUUUAUUCUUAAUAAUAAUAUUUGGGGUUUUACGUGCCAAAACCACUUUCUGAUUAUGAGGCACGCCGUAGUGAAGGACUCCGGAAAUUUUGACCACCUGGGGUUCUUUAACGUGCACCUAAAUCUAAGAACACGGGUGUUUUCGCAUUUCGCCCCCAUCGAAAUGUGGCCACCGUGGCCAGGAUUCGAUCCCGCGACCUCGUGCUCAGCAGCCCAACACCAUAGCCACUGAGCAACCACGGCGGGUUGCUUUUAUUCUUAUAUGCCACAAUAAAGAAAAUUGCAUAUGUAGGCCCCUGUUGUUCUUUUCUCAAAUACGAUCUGGAUAAGCAGACAUUACUAGCAAGAAUAAUUUUGCUAAUUACCUAAAACGUGCUAAAUAACUCUUCACCUUAGGGAGCAUGUUGCAAUGCGGAACUGAAGCAGGGCAGUUAUAAAGCCGUGUCUCCAUAGCAGAAAUCCUAAGACUAGCACCGCUUUCAAGAUAUGUGAUCUUAACUUAUGUGGUAAGAAAUACCUUGACAUUAAAGAGACGCUUUUAAACACUAACAUGGUUGGGUGCAAUUGUAGAGACGAUGAAGGGAAACACUAAAACAGUUUGUACAGACAAACUAUAUUCGCAGUAUUCUUUCCUAUUUGGCCUCAUUGGCUCAGCAAAAGUGCACGGAGCUAGCCAGGUGCUAUCUUUAUCGCCUUAGAGUACAAUGUCCAAGAAUGGUGCGACCGCUGGCUAAUGACCCUUAAUCCGACUAAAUGUAAACUUCUUUCCAUUACUCGCCAAAAGCACCCCGUUACAUUCCCGUACAUAAUUGCUAACGAAUCUAUACAAGCAAUAACAUCGUUCAAAUACUUGGGCGUUACUUGACAGUGACAUCAGUGUCAAUCGGGGUAGCGAUGGGUUUCAAUCGCGAGAACGAGCAUUUAGGCACUCUUUGGAAGAGAAUGAAAACAUACUUUAAACUUUUAUGUGUCUAGCACUUCAUGUUGAGUGUCUGCAUACAGAGGAAGCCUACAGUAUGCUUCUUAUAGCCUCAAAAUUUGGUGUCUCAACCCCUUUAAACUAGUGGGAAGUGUGAGGAAAGCACUUCUUUUCCUUCAUUGAAAAAUAAUCUUUUAUAGUGCCCCUCCUAGAAUGGUGUUGCUGGUUCACUUUUGGCACAUAAAUUCCCCUCCAACAAUUUUUUUAUAUUCCUUGUUUCCAUUGUGUACUUAUUACUAUAGCCUGUUCUAAUGUUUUGUUUGCAUUUUUUUUACAUCUCCACAAUCUUGUGUACUGUUGUAGCCCAUUUGAACUUAACAUCACCAGGCCCUAUUGCAAAUUUUAGUUAUACACUGGUAUAUGUAAGGUGUCGUCUAGAAAGCCUUUUUUUCGAAGAUUUUCAAAUUAAUUCACCCAAUGUCACUUGGACAACCUUGGUUUCUGUAAGCCAAGUACCUGAAGCCAUUUCUAGCAGGAAAUUGGCCACAUCUUGGGAAAUGGAAGAACCUGUCCUGUUACCCUGCUGCCAGAAGGCAAGCGGUUACUACCAGCAGACAUUUUGUCCCUGCCUCGACUAGGGUGCGCAAGUGUGCUUUCCCUGCCUUCUCCAAUACCAAAGCGAAAAGACCAUGUCACAUGAAUGUGUCGUACCCCGCAUUUUAAAGAAAAUUCUUCACAAUUCCAGUGGCAGGUUUGCGUAUUUGGCAUUAGGUGAUUCACUUGAACUCAUGUGCCAUGGCUGGCAAUAUUGCAAGUAGCCUGUAUUGCAUAGAGGCAUUUGUGCGUGUGACCUGGCUUCAUCAAAGUGUGGCGGCCUUGAGAGUAAGUGCGGUCUAUUGUUUGGAAAUCCAGCAUUUUUUAUGCCACUCAGCCAUUUCAUACUUCUCAGACACGGUCGUUGCCAUGUGAUCUACAUGCUGCACUUGUUUGCAUUGGCCAAACCUGCAGACUUCAACACACUUUUUGUAAAUUAGCAAUGCACAUUCUUUUGCAACUUGUAUUCUUCAUUGAAGUGCUGAUUUACGCUACGCAUUCUAAUGCAAGUUUUCAUCUUAUGGUAUUCCGAGAUAUUUGCAGUUCACUUAUGAUCUGUGUGCAUAGAGUUGUGGUUAUUCUUCAAUGGCUGUUUCUUGUCCCUUGCCUUACUUGUAUUUUUUCACAAAAUAAACCACAUGCACUCAAUAUUUUGUUCACUGUACUCAGUGUCAAGGUGUUUGCCUCAUACGUUUUACUCAAGCCCAUUUUUGUUGCACUUUUUAGCAUAUGAGGGUAUAUCUUGCCAAACAGAACAUGAGAAGUAACAUGGAACAGUGUCAAACCUGCAUAGGAUGAGUAUUUAAAAAGUUUGGCCACCAGAGUUGAGUACCCUGAAAGAAUGGUUUGAUUCAAAUGACCCCAGCUGGUAUAUGUACCAUAAUUUAUGCUUCUUCCCAAUUUGUUGAAUACAGUGCAAAUGGCUGUCCUGGGAAGCAUAACUAAACCACUGGUAAUACAACAUGGGGAGACACUUGUGCAGACUUAACAUCAGUGAAUGACAAUUAUUGACCUCCAGAGAGCAUAUAGAGCUGUCCUUACUAUCAACAUAUAAAUAAAUGGCAAGUGGCAUAAAAGUUUAACAUGCACUUAAAGCACUUAACAAACACUUAAAGGGGCACUGAAACACUUCCGACUGAUCAUAGUUACCUCACUACAAAAGGAUAUCGCCUGCUGCAAAAAUUUUUCGAAUCAUUGAACUGUAAGCGGAAUUAGUAGUUAUUGCACUGAUGCAUUGCUUUCUCCUUUCGCCUCAGCUAGUGUGCUGGAAGCUACACGGUGCAUGGCAAGGUAGCAAGGACCUGGUCAAGUUUUUUUUUUCUUUUUUACACAUUGCUACUUGUGGUUCAGGCAUGUGUGGCAGUCUCUAAACGCGAGAUGGACGCCUGGAGCUACAUCACUUACAGAGACCAAUAAAUACACACGGCUGUCUGAUCGUCCUGCGAACAGAGCUUGUGGUGGUCGUGGUAUCUAUAUUAUGCAGCAUGCCAGUUUCACGGCCCCUUUAAGAAGGGCACAAACAAAGACAACAAAAGUUGGUUUCAUGAGUUCUGCCUGAGUCGCCACUGAUAUCACGCAGUUGCUCGUGCACAAAUUGUGAAACAAUAACGUAUGAGCCAUAGGAAACGAACAGUCAUGUCGGCAAAAAAAAAAAAAGCAUAUGUAUUGUGAUAGGCAACCUCAAGCGCCACGGCACAAGGUGAAGCUAAGUUGCAGUUUGGCACAUAAUAGGAUCUCUUCUGCUUACAACGGUGCACGCACAUGAACAUUUCACUUUAUACGAUCUUUGCAAUAUGAACAGCAUUGAAACGCAAUGUAGAGAUGAAACAGUAAAGGGACUGACUACACCAAAUGUUCCAGGAUAAGGUGCCAGGAGAAACAGCCGAGAUGUGCUUGCACUUUUGCGACAAUCCAGCAGUGCACGAGCACUUUGCCUCCACGAUCGAUGGGUCCCGGAAUGCGUCGGCGAUUUUCACCACAAUCUCGUGCGGGUCCGCUGUCACGCCGGAGGUUUGCACGCACGCGCGACCACUUCAACUUAAUUACUCACUGUACCACUGGUACCGACUAAAAUGAGGUGCUCGGCGUCCACUACCCGUUCUCCCCCCACAAAACAGUGCGAAUUAACAUCGCAGUGCAACAAACUUCAUAUUUUCACCAAGGACAGCGUACGCGGGGACCUCCGUAAAGCCGCCA